CUGGUCUAGAGAACUCCUGAAAUGAUGGAAUUCCCUUAGAGUGCGCCGUAAGGUGAGUUUUGUUUGUAAGCAACUACGUGAUAACGCUCUUCCUGCCUGGAGAUAGACUUAACAAUUAUGUUCGUACAGUUGGGAUUGGCAGUCUUCUUUCGAACGUCGGUCAGUCAAGAUGCAGAAAUUAACCAUUCGGUUGAUAGUUUGUGCGGCUUUUGCAGUCUGUACCCUACAGUCUCCUCCAGUUUGGGACGUUGUGACUACCUGUCACAUACCAAACGAGUCCAUCCAGGGACUAUGCCAGGAUCCUGUCGAUUGCACAGCAUACCGGCAGAUAAACGAUGUCACCAGUAUUGGCAACAUGAGUCGGUUGAGUUUCGUGAAACAGGUGCAGUGUACUGGUGAGGAAGAGGGAAAGGUGUGCUGUCCGCGGGAUGGAGGAUUGUACAGUAAUCCUUGGAUCGAUAUGACGAACGUAAUAACAAGAGUAAAACAAAAUCCUUUAAGUAUUAAGAACAGAGUUGGUAGUCAGGGGAUGCCGUGUGGACAGCAGGACUUUGGCAUGCUGGUCAAUCAUGGGCAAAUAACAGAAAUUGACGAAUUUCCGUGGAUGGCACUUUUGAUCUACGAGAAGGCAAUGAAUCCGGUUGUACCCGGAUGCGGAGGGGCGUUAAUCAGUCAGUCGUUUGUCGUCACUGCAGCGCACUGUUUAGUGGGACCGAUUAUUCAAAAGAAGGGAAACUUAAAAUUUGUUCGUGUAGGUGAAUAUGAUCUAAAAAAUGAUCCCGACUGUACAGUUGAAGGGAUGUAUGCCGAUUGUACAGAUGGAAUAAUUGAUGUGAAGCCAAGGCGUGUGAUCGUUCAUCCGGACUAUGUUUUGGGUUCCGUUAGUCAACAUCACGACAUCGGGCUGGUGCAGUUAGAGCGCCCUCUCGAGCUUAGUGUCUUCAUUCGUCACAUAUGUCUGCCAGAACCUGGAAGCAGUACCUUGGGUAAGAAGUUCAUUGUCUGUGGCUGGGGUCGAACGAAUUUCUUCAGUGAAGGGCGUGAAGAUAAAAUUCCAAGUCCGAUUAAGCUGAAGGCAUCGCUACCGUACUUUGACCAUGGAAAAUGUUCCGAAAUCUACCAACCACAAAGGCUUCAACUUAUCAACGGGCAGAUCUGUGCUGGUGGUCACAAAGCACGAGAUACUUGUUCAGGAGACAGUGGAUCCCCGUUGAUGUCCUUCGAUAAAAAUAUAAAAGCUUGGGUGCUAAGCGGACUGGUAAGUAUGGGACCGCAAAAUUGUGGAACUGCUGGUAAACCUGGAAUAUACACCAACGUUAAGGAAUACGUACAGUGGAUUAAAACAAAUGCACAUAUUUAGAUGCAUUUAAUAUAAUCAAUUUCUUAGCAACAA